AUGAACGACGAAGAUGAUGGCAACAACGGCAGCAGCAGGAGCAGCAACAACUACCUUACCUCUAUUUGGAACAACCAUUAUGUGAAGGCAGUGUACUUUUUGCGCGUGUUUGUGGGUGUCAAUACAGCCGUUACUUCCCUCAUUGAGACGGUGGAUUUGGAGGAAAAGGUAGUCUGUGAUUGCAUUGAUGGAGACAAACCCGAUUCUAACUGCAAAGAUACGGACACCAUCCAAGACGAUUGGCUUGUUUACUUUCAUGGUGACACCUGGCCAGAGGAACUUUGUUGUGCACAGCUCGGAGAGGGGAAAAAGGCAUGGAUGGACAUCAUAAGCACUGUUGGAUUGGACUUGGAAGAGGAGGACGAUGACGAUAGUGAGGCGGGUCCUGAUGGCAAAAAGGCAAUGGAUGAAGAGCAGAACUUGUCAUCUCCACAGGUAGACAAGCCCUCUUCGAAGAUAGAUCAGCAAAUGAACCAAGACCCCACAGAAGACCCCACAGAAGAUCGCACAGAGCCUUUGUCACCCUCUUCGUCUUUGAAUCAUCCUGGAGGCGAAGUUAUGCAUUGCUAG